UCCCCAGCCCAGUCCAGACACUCUUCCUCUUCCUCUUUCCCUUCCCCCUCCACCACCCACAAGAACAAACCCACCCCUUCCCCACCACGCCCAAGCGCAAGCGUCCUCCUCCUCUCCCCAACCAACGAGAUCCUCCUCCUCCACCGUGUCCAGACCUCCUCCUCCUUCCCCUCCGCCCACGUCUUCCCAGGCGGCAACCUCUCCCCCUUCCACGAGCCCUCCCUGUCCACCACGCCAGACGCGCCCCUCUACCACGUCGACGGCCCCGCCUACCGCCUCGCCGCCAUCCGCGAGACCUUUGAGGAGUCCGGCCUCCUCCUCGCCCGCCGGCCUGGCUCCAACGCCCUCGUCAGCCUGGGCGGCGACGGUGACGACCACGACACCGCCCGGGCCCGCAAGGCCGUGCACGCCGACGAGCUCCACUUCGCCCGCUGGGUAGAAUCCGAGCUGGGCGCCGUGCCGUGCCUGGAUGACCUCGUCCCCUUCACGCGCUGGAUCACCCCGCCCAAUGUGGCCAAGCGGUUCACCACGCAGAUGUACCUGUUCCUUAUGCCCAGCACGACGGGGGAUGUGAACCUGGAUGAUGUGGUGAUGGCAACGACAACGGCGGCAACGACAACGCCCACGAGCGACGGCGGCAUCGAGCACACGGCUGCUACGUUUGCGCCCGCGGCAGAGUGGCUGGCGCGCCAGGAGCGUGGGGAGAUUGUCUUGUUCCCGCCGCAGCUGUUCCUGCUGACCAUGGUGGCGCGGGUAUUCGAGAGCGUGAGCGAGGAGGACAGGGAUCCGGAGGCGACGUAUGAGGCGCAGAGGAAAGCGCUGCUCGAGUUCGUCACGAGGGUGCCAUCGUGCUCGCCCGAGGAGGAGGUUGUGGCGCAGCGCAGGAAAGUCCACCCCACGGCCUUGAUCCCCUGGACGGACAAGGUGAUGAGCCCGACUGUGUUGUUUGUGCGUACGGGGGACAAGAGGAUCGUCUUGGGGCUGGACAAGCCUGGCCUGGAGCUCAAGGGGAGUGGGCGGGGUGGAGACUUUGAGAGGGUGGUGUUGGUGAAUUUUGGCAAGGAGGGGCCGAGGAAUGUCGAGGUUCGGGAUCGAGAGGAAGUGCUGAAGGAGGAGAGGGAGGCCAAG